AUGGCCUCUACCUCGCGUGUUGUCAUCAUCGGGGCUGGCAUCGUUGGCACCAACAUCGCUGACGAGCUGGUCUCGCGAGGAUGGAAGGACAUCACAGUCGUUGAACAAGGCCCUCUGCACAUGCCUGGAGGAUCCACGUCACAUGCUCCUGGUCUAGUCUUCCAGACGAACGGCUCGAAGACUAUGAGCCUGUUCGCUCGUUACACUGUGGAGAAGCUACUCUCUUUGGAGAAGGACGGAGAGAGCUGCUUCAACCAGGUCGGCGGAUUGGAAGUGGCCACGACACCCGCAAGACUCGAGGAGAUCAAGCGGAAGCUUGGCUAUGCCCAGUCUUGGGGGGUUGAUGCCCGCCUCGUCGACACCAGCGAGUGUCGCAAGCUGUACCCGCAUCUGAACACCGAGUUGGUGCUUGGUGGCCUCCAUAUUCCCACCGAUGGUCUGGCGUUGGCUGCCCGCGCAGUGCAGCUUCUGAUUGACCGAACAAAAGAAGCCGGAGUGCGCUAUAUUGAAAACACCGCCGUCACCGGCAUCGAAAAGGCUGACGGGCGUGUCACGGGAGUUGUGACUCCGGACAACACCAUACCAGCUGAUAUCGUCAUUUCCUGCGCGGGAUUCUGGGGAGUUGAGAUUGGGAAGAUGAUAGGCCUACCUGUGCCGCUGCUUCCCAUGGCACACCAGUAUGUCAAGACCACAGCCAUACCGUACACCAAUGGCGUCACUGCCCCAGAGCAAAACGGCUCGGCCGAUGUCGCCGACUCGCCUCCACACCAACCCGUCAAGCCAAACUCGGCGAAAUUGCCAAUCCUGCGAUAUCAAGAUCAGGAUCUCUACUAUCGCGAACACGGUGAUCAGUACGGCAUCGGUUACUAUGGCCACCGCCCCAUACCCGUGGAUGCCGCUUUGCUGGGCAGGACCCCACAAGAUGUCACCGAGCACAGCAUGCCUUCCCGACUGGAGUUUACCCUCGACGAUUUUGAGCCGGCAUGGAAACUCUCUCAAGAGCUCCUUCCAGUCCUGAAGAAUACGGAAAUUGACGACGGAUUCAAUGGCAUCUUUUCAUUCACCCCAGACGGUGGCCCACUCGUGGGUCAGGCACCCAACCUUGACGGCUUCUACGUAGCAGAGGCAGUGUGGGUGACGCAUUCUGCCGGCGUGGCUCGCGCAGUGGCGGAGCUUCUCACCAGCGGCAAGUCCACCGUCGACCUGGCCGAGUGCGACAUCUCAAGGUUCGAGCAGGUCCAGCUCUCGCCAGAAUAUGUGCUGGAAACUUCCUCCCAGAACUUUGUAGAAAUCUACGACAUUCUACAUCCACUGCAGCCACGCGACUCUCCCCGCAACUUGCGUGUGUCCCCAUUCUUCAUGCGUCAACAGCAGCUCGGCGCGUUCUUCCUCGAGGGGGGUGCUUGGGAGAGGCCGUAUUGGUUUGAAGAGAACGCAAAACUGCUAAAAGACCUUCCUGAGGAGUGGCAGCCUGUGGAGCGCGAUGCGUGGUCGAAUCGGUACUAUUCGCCCAUCGCUGCUGCUGAGGCCUGGAAAACCCGUACCGCGGUGGCAAUGUACGAUAUGACGCCACUGCGCCGUCUCGAGAUAUCAGGCCCGGGCGCGGUCGACCUCCUCCAGCGACUCACCACCGGCAACGUCUCAAGGAAACCCGGUGCCGUCACAUACACACUACUGCUCGAUGGGCAAGGCGGCGUGCGCAGUGACAUUACCGUGGCCAGGAUUGAGCAGGAUCUAUUCCAGGUCGGCGUGAACGGCCCUGUCGACACUGCCUACUUCACACGAGAAGCUCGUCUGCAAAGUAAAGAGUCGCCAGAAAAACAAGCACGAGUUCGGGAUAUUACGGGGUCGACAUGCUGCAUCGGUCUCUGGGGCCCGCUGGCUCCGGAAGUUAUGAAAGCUGUCACCACCGAGGACUUUUCCAACAAGGGCCUGACAUACUUCCGUACCAAGAGAGCGACGAUCUGCGGCGUCCCAGUCACCGUCAUGAGACUGUCGUAUGUCGGCGAGCGCGGUUGGGAAAUCUACGCGAGCGCCGAGAAUGGUCUUCGUUUGUGGGACGCUCUCUGGAAGGCUGGCGAGCCGCACGGCGUCAUCGCAGGAGGACGGACCGCAUUCAACUCGUUGAGACUGGAGAAGGGCUUCCGGUCCUGGGGUGCCGAUAUGACCACCGAGCAUGAUCCUUUCGAAUCCGGUCUCGACUUUGCUGUCAAGCUUGAGAAGCCUGAUUUCGUCGGCAAGGCAGCUCUGGCAGGACGCUCCCGCGACAAUGCCAGCAAGAAGCUCCGCUGCCUCACUGUGGAUGACGGCAAGUCUGUCGUUCUCGGGAAGGAGCCAGUGUUUGUGUCAGGCCGCGCAGAAGGCUACGUAACAAGCGCAGCUUUUGGGUACACGGUCAGAAAGCCGGUCGCGUAUGCCUACCUUCCGAGCACCGUGAAUGAAGGUGAUGCCGUGGAAAUUGAGUACUUUGGAAAGCGAAUUCAGGCGACUGUAACCCCUGAACCACUUUAUGAUCCUUCAAUGAGUCGUCUCCGCGGUUGA